ACACUUGUCAAAAUUUCAAAACAACUUUGCAUGCGGCAUUUGUAAAAAUUUCACAUCUUUUUACCGCGUUUUUCCUGCUACUUCCUGCCCCAUUCUUAGGCCACUUCCGGCACCAUUUUUCCCAGUAAUCCCAUAGCAAUGGCAUCUGCACAGAAAAGAGUGAAUUUAGCACAAACUUACAGAAAUUUCAACGUCGAAGUGCCAGAGAAGGAUUUAGUAGGAAGCACCCACUUACCCCAUCUCAAUGCCAAGGAAUUUCAGCUGAGAAUAAGUGAUCCAGUGCAGAAUGUCACCCCGCAGGAAUUCCACGAAUCCUUCGACGUGAAUCCCAGUGGGAAUGUCGUGGUGGCAAUCAAUGAUUACCGCACGCGCUUCUUGGUUGGACACUUUUGGGGCUUUAGAAGCAUCCAGGACUACAAGGAGCAGCGAAAGCAUCUCAAGAUCACUAAACCAGUUACUAAUACUCCCGUUAACGUCAUAAGAUUCAUCCAGGAUAGUUUGGUGGCUCUUGGGCGGGCAGGAGGAACAGUGGAGCUUUGGUCUACUAACGAAUCAAUGGAGGGUUACUUCCUGGUUGACCAGAGAAAUCAGCACAUUGGUUCAGUCCUGGAUCUCGAUGUCUUCCGCGAGAGUCGAAGUCACAUUGUCACCGUUGAUGCUGAAGCCUGCAUAAAGAUCUGGGAAGUUAACCUUGUGGAUGCAAUCUGUGUAAAUACCUUCCGGAAUGCCCAUGGGGGUGCAAUAGGAAGUGUUGCAACGCGUCCGGGAUCGGAUAACAUUUUUGCAACGGCAUCACGGGACAGGAGUGCCCUUCUGUGGGAUUAUAGGCUGUCCACAAAGCCCGCUAGUGGGCUCUAUGGGAAGCACAAUACCUCCCUGACGGCUAUUGCGUGGACUAUGGAUGGGGAGAAGGAGGAGAGUUCUGUGGUAAAGGUUGGCGAUUCCGCGGGAACAGUUCUCACAAUUGACAUCCGGAAGCCCAAUGAAGUUGUCCAGGAAGUCUCCGCAUUUCGACGUCCUGUUAAACGAAUCAAUGCCACGAAGGGGAAAUUUGCCUUUUGUGGCCACACAAAUGCCUUAAAAAUGUAUUCCAACGACGAUAGUCUAAUCCUGGAGGAUACUUCCAGUGAGGACUUUGUGCGCGAUGUAGCAUUCAACGCGGGGAAGGUGAUAGGACUCUGCUGGGAUGGGAAUGUAGUGGAGAAAGACGAUGUUUGAUAUUUGAAUGUAAACUUUCUCCACAAUUUAAUUCUUUUUAUUAAAUUAAAAAAUAAUUUGGGUAUUUUUAAAAA